UUAGAUAAGUGGCACUUCGUGGCAGUUUACAAUCGGGAGUGCGCACGCGCUGUUUAUUGUAAUAAAGCGAAAAAACAUAUAUUAUAAGGCGAAAUAAAAUGUUCUGUGAAAUACCGGAUUUUGGUCGAUGCUGUUUUUGCUUGCCUUUAAGGCAAGGUAUUUUGGCGUUUGGAUAUAUUAAUGUUUUAUUUUCGGCGUUCAUGAUUGGAGUGUACAGUUACACGAUACACAAUGGUUUUAAUGAAACUAUGUUGAUGUAUCACGGGUCGUUGAUGCAGGUUGAUGAUGAGAUCUGUCUUGUUUUCUACAUUUUCGACUUUCUUUUUGCGUUGGGACUUGUCUAUGGUGGACAUACGAAAAACCCCAGACUACUAAAAGUGUUCUACUACUACGCGAUGACAACACUGCUUACUACGCUUAUAUUACAAAUUAGUGGUGUCUUUUCAUCUUAUUAUCCAGUCAGCUUCAUGUUGGAGACGUGUGGAUUAUUUCUUUUUGGCAUUUGUCUUCAUCUUUACUUGAUAUUCUUGGUGAGAAACCUCCUCAAGAAAUUGGAUAUAUCGGGUCAGUCAUACGAAAAUCAGCUACAUCAGAUCGUUAAUGGCGAAAUUAAAGUAGAUACCAACGGCGUAUACCCAACGACUGUGCUAUCACAUGAGACUGAAUAGACAAUAUGUUUUAUUAAUCUUCACGUUGUAUAAAUAUGGGCUAUAAUUAUAAUGAUGGAGUAUUUAUUUUUGAAUAUUUUCUUGCUUAAUUAUAAACGUAAUAUAAUUUAUUAAUGUAUCUAUUAUAUUGCUACUUUAUUCUUAUAGUAUUUUAAUAAAAGUGUAAUUUAUUGUAACUAUUAAGUUUACAAUAGCAAUAUUUUUUAAGUCGGAGAACUAUCCGAAGAAUCUCUGGACAUGACGUUGGUGAGACCCUUCUGUAUAAACUCUUGGUAUAUACAGAACAAUACAAAUUGUAUUAGAAAUAGGAGGACAAUAGUUUUCUUAAUCAAUGUAUAUUACCGAUGAAACAAAAUUAUAUAAUAAAUUUAGUUGUAUUAAAGAAUCACCGUUUUUAAUCUACUUAAAAAAACAACAAACUUUAUUGUUACAAUAUAAUAAAAUUUUACCAAAGCACUAGGAGGUAAGAAUUUAAAAGGGUUUAUUGUUACGAUUAGACAUGCAUGUUCACGUACGAACAAACGAAUCGGGACAACGUUUCGUCUUUUUUUUUAACGUUCUCGCACUAGUCUGUUCAUCACAGCGUAAAUACUAACCGACAAGAAAGAUAUAGAAGAGUUUUACAUUAUGAUUCGUAUUAUUAUUACUGAACUUACUUUUUCUGUUUUAAUUCUCGUAAUAUUGUUAAUCGAUGGAUAUAUUUUAAUUUCUAAAAAUGCCCAAAGGCUGUGCUAAACUUAAUUGUACAUAGUCUAGGCGUAAUAUAUGUAAUGCUUAAUGUUUUAAGUUAUUAACACCAUGCUUGAGCUGUGAUUGUUUUUCUAAUAAAAUUUUUUUUUUAUA